UCGCAGGCGCACUAGUUCGACCGUUGGCUGCGUUGGCUAAGUAGUAGUGCGCAUUUAGCUGUGAGGUGAGUGACGAUCGUGAGGAAACACGCGCUCGAUUUCUCACACGGGCACGCUAACGCUUUCCGGAGCGAGUUCAUGAUUCGUUAGAUACGUGUACUGCCGCUCUGUGUCCGAGAAUCUAGCCGAGAACACGUAGUUCGAACGAAACCGCAAGAAGCGCGAGACCGCGUGCAAAAUUCAACCAUGUCAACGAAGUCGAGCAAGAAGACCGCGGCAGCGGCCGCGGCCGCCGCCUCUACCGCCACCGUCGCCGCCUCGUCAUCGUCGAGCAACAUUCAAUCGCCACCCCAGAGUACUUCGACGCCGAUCGGCGGCCGGCGACCCGGUAGCCCGCUCAGCCCAACUUGCUACUCCCGGCUGCAGGAGAAGCAGGAUCUGCAAAAUCUUAACGAUCGCCUGGCAUGCUACAUCGACAAAGUGCGUCACCUGGAGAUGGAGAACUCCCGGUUGACGCGGGAGGUGCAGACCACCCAGGAGACCAUCACCCGGGAGGUGUCCAACAUCAAGGGUAUGUACGAGCACGAGCUCUCCGACGCCCGGAAGCUGCUCGACGAUACGUCCAGGGAACGCGCCAAGCUCGAGAUCGACACCAAACGCCUGUGGGAUGAGAAGGAGGAUCUCAAGAGCAAAUUGGAUAAGAAGACAAAGGAUAUCCAGAUCUUGGAACGAAAUUCGAUGAUAUUCGAGACGCGCUGCAAUGAUUUGCAAUCACAGUUUAACCAAUCGCAGGCGGAACGCAAGAAGCUCGCCGAGAGGGAGCGGGAAUUGGAGAAGGAACUAGAGCGAACGAAAGCACUGCUAGAUGAUGCUCGUAAACACCUGGAGGAGGAGACUCUCCAGCGAAUUGAUCUUGAAAACAAUAUUCAGAGUCUCAAGGAAGAUAUCAUUUUUAAAGAUCAAGUUUAUCAGCAGGAACUUUCAGAGACUCGUACGAAGCGACAAGUUGAAAUAUCUGAGAUUGAUGGUCGUCUCACAAAGCAGUAUGAGGCUAAAUUGCAACAAUCCCUGCAAGAAUUGCGCGACCAGUAUGAAGCGCAGACGCGCGCUAAUCGGGAAGAGAUCGAGCUUUUGUAUGAGAACAAAAUCAAGAACUUGGCGUCUCAUGCUCAGCGUAACAGCGGAGCAGCUAGUGCGGCGGUUGAAGAACUGAGACAGACUCGUGCUAGGAACGAAGAGCUUAAUUCGAGAAUCUGCGAUCUCGAAAUGGCUAACAACUCUCUUAAUGCACGCAUAAGGGAUUUGGAGAAUUUACGAGAAAAUGAUCGCGCUCGUAAUGUGGAAAGUUUGACUUCAUUAGAAUCGGAAUUGACGCGUUUGCGCGAAGAAAAUGCUCACCAGCUGCAAGAAUAUCAAGAUCUCAUGGAUACUAAGGUGGCGCUUGAUUUGGAAAUUGCGGCAUAUCGCAAAAUGCUCGAGUCCGAAGAGGCUCGAUUAAACAUCACGCCAAUGUCGUCGGGAAAUCUGUCCACUGGUAGAGCAACUCCGUCCAGACAUACUCCUAUCAGAGGUGGCAAACGGAAACGUACACUGUUGGAGGAAAGUGAGGAGCGCAGCAGUAGCGAUUAUAGCGUAAUCUGUACUGCCAAAGGUGACAUAGAGAUUACAGAAGCGGAUCCUCAGGGACGAUUCGUGAAACUCACCAAUAAGGGCAAUAAGGAACUAAGUCUGAGUGGAUGGCAAAUCAUUCGCAAAGCUGGCAGUCUGGAAACAAUCUUCAAGUUCCAUCGUACUGUAAAGCUGGAUGCAGGUGCUAAUCUGCUGGUAUGGUCGGCUGAUAUCGGUGCAACACACGAGCCGCCAUCCAACAUUGUCAUGAAGGGACAGAAAUGGUUUACAGCGGACAACAUGACUACAACUUUACUAAAUAACGAAGGAGAAGAACUUGCAACUUCUGAGCGCAAAAGGCAGCAAUUAGCCACAAGUUUGUCUCGACACAGAGAAAGUUUGGGAUUCCGAUCAACAGAAGAGCUUCAUCAUCAACAGAGAAGAUAUCUCUACCCGUAUUAAGGGUGAGGGCACACAACUCUGAUGGGCACUUUAUGGAGAUCUGCAGGGUGAUGAACGUUGCCGUAUUAUGUGAACAUAAGUUUACCGUAAGUUUAAGUAUAAUUAAGUGUAAUAUCAAAAGAUUUUAAAAGCUUGUAUGAUAAUGAUGCUUUAUUCCGUGAGCGCCAUUUAGAAACUGAAAGGAAAAACAUCACGCCAUUAAUAACACAAAGAAAUUAAUUUAGAAUUUAAUAAGGUAUAGAAAUUUGUUUACCGGAUAUUCAUUUUCGAGGAAGAAAGAAAU